UACCCGUGGCGGUGUCUCAGUUGCAGUUAUGCAGACCUGAACACCAAAACCUAAAUACGUUAAGGAAAAUAACUUCAAAUAGUAUCUGCUCGCGGGACGAAAACGUUCGUUGUUAAGCUGUUUCAUUCAUUUUCACGUUUGUGUUUUCCGUCCUACAUUCAUCAAAAAACGAUCUCAACUUUCAACCUGGCUUCUGUUAAGGAAUUGGAUGAUUCUGCCCUCAAGUUCCAUGUAUGUGAUGCGCUAGUACCAUUUAUACAAUCUGUCUUUCGAUAUGUGAGAUCUCGGGAAGAAAUGCGGGUUCCGUUGAGGCCUUUCGUUGCUUCUUUGGGGAAAAAGAAAGCACCACUGGAACUCAGUGAAUCAAUGGCCAGAGUCUUGCACUGCUUUGGAGGUUUGAAGAAAAUUAUUCGUUUUGAGACAUUUCAGACUAUCUUCACUGUUACUCCGACCGGUUUCCUGCAGCUGAAAGAUCCUGUACCCAAAAGGCUAAAGGCGAACAAGGUCAGACCGCUUUUGGAACCCAUUCUGGAAGAACGUUACAACACUGUAGAACGAAAAAGCUUUCAGGGCAUGUUGCAAACCACUGUUAAAGCUUUGAACGAGAAAGACAAAGUUCCUUUAACAACGGUCGGCGAAAAGAAAUCUGAGAAAGCAGACGAAAAGACGGUUGAAUUGAAGACUGUUGAGGCUAGGGUCUCUUUAGAUGAUGGAGAUUUCGACGAGGAUGAUCUUUAUGAGGAGGUUGUAACUUUUCAGCCUUCAAUAAUGGCAUCAGCUUCUCCUCCAGCAAUUGAUGACCAGCUAAAAACCAAUUACGAAGUAAAGGAGGAAGUCACACUUGAGCCAACAGUCUCCCUUGAGGCCACUCUAGAACGAGUGGAAGUAAUAAACAAGAAAGAGACCGAGACUGUUCGGGUUAGUGUCAAAGAGCGUGUUUCCGAAUCCUUAGAGGAAAGCAAAGCCACUGCUUCUGAGACUGAUUAUGUGACAGAAAUGGAGACCGAGACAAAAAUUCCUCAUGAUGCCCAUACAGUCAUCACUCACAGCAGCUUACUCGUGGAACAGUUACACAGCUGUAAACAUACUCCGAUAUCACUUUUUGCUCUAAAAGAAUGUUAUGUAAGGGGUAGUGUGCAAGUCGACAGCCUUUUGAAUCGUUACAAACUGUCGACUGAUGGCGAAUUGUCGGGAAAGACACUUUCCACCGUCCUGGCUUCACUUGAAGACGGUGGUCUUAUUCAACGUGAGGCCCAUGAAAAACAGCGGUUCUACAUCCGUAUUACCGAUAAGGGUAAAAAGCACUUUUUACCCAAAGAUAUACCACUUGCCAACCAAUUGUCUAGAACCCAUCCGGAAGCUGCUCUUUGGGAACAGCGUGAAAACGAGGUUACGCAAUGCCUAGACAUUCUCUUACCAAAACCGAGUGUGUUAUCUAAAAGACAUUUAUUCGUGAUGGAACUUGAAAAAUAUUUGUCCAAGAUGGAAAGGAGAAAAAUUAAAGUUUACCCGUUUGGUUCUUCCUUAACAGGCUUAAUGACAGAGAGCUCAGACAUUGAUGUUGUUAUCAAAUGCAAAAACAAAAAUCUUCUGAGUCGAAUUUAUCCUAUAGCCGAUCAUUUACGACGCAAAUACACUCAAGUCCGAGUUGUUGCGAGAGCACAUGUCCCUCUCAUUAAAUUUAGAACAAAUUCCGGAUUUUGUUGCGACAUGAGUUUCAAUGGUUUGCUCGCAGUGUACAAUUCUGAGCUGCUCUGCCUUUACACUCAGAUAGAUGAGCGCGUGAAAUAUCUUUUGAUAAUGGUCAAGUUUUGGGCUAAAACGAGACUCUUACACAAGGUUCAGCUUCAGGCUUUGUCAAGCUAUACUUGGUGCAUUCUGGUUAUUUAUUACUGUCAGCGGAGAAAUCCACCUCUUUUGCCCAAUCUUCAGCAGUCAGAGUCUGCCUUUACGAAUCAUGCAACAGAUUCUAGUAGAGAGCAAUUGAACUACGAGUGUACUUUUUCUCGGACUAUUGAUGUUUUCCGCCAAACUGUAAAUAAAGUUGAUGCCAAAAUGAUCGAUUUACUCUCUGGCUUCUUUCAGUUCUAUGCUGCAGGUAGUGAGAGUAGCUUUGAUUGGAGCAAACAUGUGAUAGAUAUUUCACGAGACGGAUAUGUUCUCAAGAAGAAAGCGGAGAAAUCGAAAGUGAUCAUUCUCGAUCCUUUUAUAAAAUCAAAAAACCUGGCUUCUGCGUUGACAGAGUCAUCAAUUGCUCGACUCAAAUAUGAGUUUUACAGAGCAUUACGAAUUAUUCAUGAUUCAAAAUCUUCGUUUGUUGAUUUGUUUAGUGUAGAAAGCGUUUAAAUAGUUACAGUUAUUCCAAUCUAUGAACUCAUUAUCCAUAAAAAACAAGUUCACAUUAUUUCUA